CACUCGUCUUAUAAUGAUGAUGGUCAUAAGACAUCUCACAGUGACAACAAACUCUGCAAAUCCUCUCGGGCGUAUACGAGGAGCCACACUGGAGAAAAAACUUUUUCCUGCUCAGUUUGUGGUAAAAGAUUUGCUCAAAAGCAAAGCUUACAAAUUCACGAAAGAACCCACACUGGUGAAAAACCUUUUUCCUGCUCAGUUUGUGGUCAAAGAUUUGCUAUAAAGCAAAACUUACAAAGUCACGAAAGAACCCACACUGGUGAAAAACCUUUUUCCUGCACAUUUUGUGGUCAAAGAUUUAGUCACAAGAACAACUUAACACGACACACAAAAACCCACACUGGCGAAAAACCUUUUUCCUGUUCAGUUUGUGGAAAAGGUUUUGUUCAGGCAGGAGACUUAACAAAACACACAAGAACCCACACUGGCAAAAAGCCUUUUUCCUGCUUAUUUUGUGGUCAAAGAUUUGCCCAAAAGCAAAACUUACAAAGUCACGAAAAAACCCACACUGGAGAAAAACCUUUUUCCUGCUCAGUUUGUGGUCAAAGAUUCACUCAAAAGCAAACCUUACAAAGUCACGAAAGAACCCACACUGGCGAAAAACCCUUUUUCUGCUCGGUUUGUGAUCAAAAAUUUGCUGGAAAACAAAACUUACGAAGUCACCAAAGAACCCACAUUGCCAAAAAACCUUUUUGCUGCUCAGUUUGUGGAAAAGGUUUUGUUCAUGCGGGAGACUUAACAAAACACACAAGAACACACACUGGAGAAAAACCUUUUUCCUGCUCAGUUUGUGGUCAAAGAUUUGCUCUAAAGCAUAACUUACAAAGUCACGAAAGAAACCACACUGGAGAAAAACUUUUUUCCUGCUCAGUUUGUGGUCAAAGAUUUGCUGGAAAGCAUAACUUACAAAGUCACGAAAGAACCCACACUGGCGAAAAACCUUUUUCCUGCUCAGUUUGUGGAAAAGGUUUUGUUCAGGCGGGAACCUUAAAUCGACACACAAGAACCCACUCUGGCGAAAAACCUUUUUCCUGCUCAGUUUGUGGUCAAGGAUUCACUGAAAAGCAAAACUUAACAAAACACACAAGAACACACACUGGAGAAAAACCUUUUUCAUGCUUAGUUUGCUGUCAAAGAUUCAGUCACAAGAGCACCUUAAAACAACACACAAGAACCCACACUGGCGAAAAACCUUUUUCCUGCUCAGUUUGUGGAAAAAGUUUUGGUCAGGCGGGAACUUUAAAACGACACACAAGAACCCACACUGGCGAAAAACCUUUUUCCUGCUGAGUUUGUGGAAAAGGUUCAGUAAGGAAACUUGUCAAAACACACAAGAACCCACACUGGCGAAAAACCUUUUCCCUGCUAAGUUUGUGGUCAAGGAUUCUCUCAAAAGCAACACUUAAAAAGACACACAAGAACCCACACUGGCAAAAAACCCUUUUCCUGCUCGGUUUGUGAUCAAAGAUUUGCUGAAAAGCCAAACUUACGAAGUCACGAAAGAACCCACACUGGCGAAAAAUCGUUUGUGAUCCAAGAUAUGCUCCGCAGCAACAAUUAAAACAACACAGAAGAAACCACUCUAGUAAAAAAUCUUUUUCCUGCUCAGUUUGUGGUCAAAAAUUCAGUUACAAGAGCAACAUAAAACAACACACAAGAAACCACACUGUGCCAAUAAUACUGCAUUAAAUCGACUUUAAUAUCAGAAAACAUUGUCCAAAGAAUUGAAAUUGUAUCAUAAAAUGAGUGAUUUACACCCCACUUCUUCAAAGUACCUUUGUACAUACUUGAAGAAUACUACAAUCUCCGGUUGGCUGUAAAAUCCUUCAAGUUAAAGCCUGUAUGUGAGGUUCCACCCUUUGAGUGGAGGUCCAAAAGGGGAAGAUCAGAACUUUUGACAUUAGGCUUAAUUUUCAAGUUAGCGGGGGUUUAAUUGGGGGUGGAGGUGAUUUUAACAAAUUCUGUACAAAGUUGAGAAUAAUGGACACUGGCAGAUCAGAAGUCCAUCUAACUAACUAACAACAUGUUUUAUUGAAGUUGCUAAGCCUGUCGUGACAUGCAAUGAGUCCAUUUAUCUUAAGGUAAAUAAAAAUGAGGGCGGUAAUUUUCACGGCUGCGGAAUGUCACCGCGUGCGUGCGUGCAUACAUUUGUGUGUGCGUGUUGAUGACAUAUAAGACUCCAGUUCUUUUAACCGAUAUUUAUUGGUCAUCAGCAUGCUGUAGAAUUACAGUUUGGACAUACAAAAUAAGAAACAUAUCUAUAAUAAACAAACGUUAGCAUUGCUACAUUUAGACUAAUAGGGAAAAAAGACAAUCUACUGUACUUUAACCGGCUACAAAACAUUGGCAGUCAUCUCCAAAAGCAAACCUGCGGUUAAAAGGUGACACUUCAAACAUGAAAAAUCGCUGGUUAACAGCAUUUGCAAACAAAAAAAUGAAAAAUAAAAAUCUAUUAGUGACACCACAAGCAAUGACAAAAAGCUUACGGUGAACAUUUCAAAGUAAACGUCACGUCAUGUUCGUCAUAUACAGUAAAUAACGAUUUCUGGACUUAAUCCCACAUACUUCAGAAUUGAUACUAUUAUAUAUAUACUAUAACACUACAGAAUUCUUAUUCUACACUAAAAUAACACCCUUUAUGAAAAAUAUGAUUGGCAACGAUUAAUUAUAGUUAUAAUACGAUUUUAUAUCGUAGUAUAGCUACUAUAAUAAUAAUGCUAGAUUUUUUUUUUUUUUUUGAGACUUGUUUUGAAUAAUGUUUGAAAGGCAAAGUCAGUGUUCUCAAUCUGUUUACAUUCCAUUCUUUUGCACUAGUAAAUGCCAUCAGCAUUUUACCUCAUUGUUUAUGUGGGAUUAAUUAUUGUUAUUUACAUGUUUAUUUGUACUUUAUUAAAGAAUUUAAAUGUUCCAAAAUGUUUUGGGAAUGAAUAAGAGUCAACAAACAUUUCAUUGCUAAAAUUAAAAAAAAAAAAAAAAAAAAUUAUUAGAUUAAUAUAUCCAACUAAUCGUAAAAUUAGUCGGCUGACUAACCUGGGGAAAAUUACUCGUUUGGGACAGCCCUAGUCUACCGGAACAUAAUUCCACCACACCUGUCUCACCUUUGUAACCCCUGACCCAUUUUCAUGCCCGUUAUUAAAUAACUAACAAACUACACAGAAUUUGUUGAAAUAAACUCUACCGACAAAUUAAACCCCAGCCAUGAACAGCCGAGUCAAAGCCCAGAUCUUAAUUCCACUGAGAUGCUCUAGGGUGACUUGAAUCGGGCUAUACAUGCAAGAAACACUCAAACAUCUCACUGCUGAAAGUAUUUUGCGUUGAGGAGUGGGGCAAACUUUCUUCAGACCGACGUUAUUUCAGCCAAAGGGGGGUAACACUAGCUAUUAGGUGGUAGGGUGUCCUAACUUUUUCCUCAGUUAGAAUAUGCAUUUUUGUUGAUAUAUUUGGUUUAAUGAGUAAAACAAUGUUAAUUUUUCUUGUUUACCUGCAAUUAAAUCACUUUUCCAGAGAGAAAAACAAGAUCAGACAUUGAUAUGUGAACAUUUCUUAAUAAAGAACUGAAUAUUUAAUGGGGUGCCAUCAUUUUUUUUUUACAUGACUCUAUGUCUGAUCAUUAAUCGCUCCAUUUUAUCUGAUAUAUCAUCAUUCAAUAACUUUUUUUUUUUGGUAACUUGUUGAGAUAUUACCAGGUAGGUUGGUAAAUUUAAUAAACGAUCAAAUAAUUUCAAAGAAUUCAACAGUAUCCGCUGCAAGGUUAGAAGGCCGUGAACAUGAUGACUUGGGAGAGGUUUUGAAGCCAUCUAUAUCGGAUAAAAUUAGCCAUUCCACUGACGCACUGUGAGGCGUGCAUGUUCUGGUGAUGUGCCACAAGGAAUGCAAGCGCAGUAUUAAUCACGAGAUGCACAUACGUACUCCAGCUUUACAGCAAGGAGCAUGGCCAGAGCGGAUCGCCUUGGAUAAGCUAUACAAGAAUGGGCAUUCAGCCACAAAGCGGGUCGGCUCAUGACAUAUCAUCCCAGAAUUGACGCCUUUUGCAAGGCGCGUUGGCUCUGUGUCUCCACUCUCCUGUUCGUUCACUUACUCACGUUGCAGUGAAUAUGAUUUCAUCCUGUCAACAAACUCUUUAGGUGUUACAGGAAACACGAUAAAAACAAUAGCAAUAAAACUUGUUUUAAUUUAGUUGGCCAUUCAUAUUUGUAAUCUUACCACCAGAUGGAUCCUAACUGCAUCAUUUCCUAUGACAUGACAUUUAAUAAUUAUCUGGAAAAACAGUUUUAACAGUUUCUU